UCAUCAUUAAGUACACUAUUUGCACCAUCCCUAUUUACCCAAUUGAAUUGAUACGAUUGAAAGAUGUACCACAAAGAGAAGAGCAUUCAGAUGAAAAGCAGUGCGUCUGCGCUAUACAACAACCUGAGCGUGCUGCGCAUAGCCCCGCGGAGCCUGACCUAUUUCACAGUGGUACACGCCAACAUGGUCAAUAUGGUCAGUGCUUCUUGGGACGGACUCAACUACUCCCACCGCCAGCUGCAGUCCAAAGAGGCCAACGUAGCUACCAGCUCCUCCCUCAUCAUGCAGGCAGCCUGGUGUGUCCUCCCAUCUCGUGACAUCCUGGUGCUCACCUCUCAGAAAGGCAUCCAGAUAUAUGAGUCGGAUGGAUCCAUAAUGGUAUACUGGCAUGCACUGGACACGCCUGAGACCCAAACAGCUCAGGCAGUGUUUGCUCGAGGGAUUGCAGCAGUGCGGGAAAAAUACAUCUGUGUGGGCAUCUCCUCUGGCUCUAUGCUGGUGUUUGAUGUCCCCAUUAAAGGCAGUAACAUCACCCUCUCGGAGAUGCUGGAGGAGCACAAGGAGUCCAUCACGGAUUUGGCCUCAGAAUGUUCCGGUAGCCUGGAGUGCAUAGCAGACAUGGUGAGUGCUGACGACUCUGGCAAUCUCUGUGUGUGGAAGUCAGGAGAGGACUUCCAGCUGCUCAACAAGAUCCCUGGUUUCGAUAUGAGCUGCUCCUCGGUGAAGCUGUGGAAGGGAACCGUGGUGGCAGGCUAUGGCACAGGGCAGAUCCGUCUCUACGAGGCCGUGACAGGGAUCGUCCACGCAGAGGUCAACGCCCACGCGCGCUGGAUCUACUCCUUGGACAUCGCCCCCUUCUCUGGCCUGCUUCUGUCUGCUGCUGAGGACUCUCUGGUUAGAGUGUGGCAUCUGACCAUGACACCAGAGACUAACAGUGUGGAGAUCGUGCACAUGUAUAACGAGUGUGUGACAGACACCCAGAUCUGCGGGGCUAAGUUCUGCGACGGGGACGGCUACGCCUUCGCUGUGACGGGCUAUGACCUGAGUGAGAUCAUCCGCUACACACAGGUCUAACAGCAGUAGCACGCACCAUGGGAGAUGUGUGUGAGGUGGACAUGUGAACGGAGUGUGUCAGCUCAGCAGUAUCUCUGUUGGGGAGUGUGUGACAAAAGAGAAGCCUACAGCAGGAAACGUCUGCCUGAUAGACCAUGCAGCAUCUAAUUCCACCAGAUCAAUAGUCUACAGAGAGACGGAAAGCCUAUGAAGGUUAACUCAGAAGCAAACUAGGGCUGUGAUCCAUCUCCAUCUACUAUGACCUAACUAGAGGACAUGAUACAGUAUGUAUGUCUACAGCGUCUCUCCCAUGGAUAUUAACUUUGGUCCAGAGGUCAGAUAGAAGAAUGUUGUCUCUAUCAAGUAGUUUCCUACAUAUCAUGACUGCACUUUGUAGUCAACAAUGCGCGAAAGAAAAAGUGAGGCAUCUUACGAUAUAAGAGGAGAAAGAUGGUUUGUAGUGCAAUGUGACCUUGUAUAUUUUGACUGAUCACAUUCUGGCUUAUGCUGACACAUUUCCUCUGUGUUGAGUAUUGGUGUGUGCGCGUGUGUGCGUGUGAGUAAUGGACCAGUAACGGACCAUGAAACUACAGAUGAGUGUGUAUAAAUCUGGUUUACAGAUUUAAAAUAAAGGGAGUAGGCUAUUCUGUAAAGACGUAGGGUUGCUGACAGCAGCACAAUGCCUCAGGUGUCUCAGUAUAGCAUUGUUGCAAGUAUUUACAAUG